UGAAGACAGGAUGCCACAGGGAGUGGACAGAAAGGCUGAGUCUGUCCUCAAGUCAGCCACUGACUAGAUCAGGCAGUUCCUAUACUAUCCUCAAUAUGGCGAAAGAUCUGGUGUACUUAGUCACAGGUGGAUGCGGCUUUCUUGGAGAAUGUAUUGUAAAACUUUUACUCAAAGAAGAGUAUGUGAAGGAGGUUAAAAUAUUUGAUCUCAAUGAAACUGAAGCUAUAAGAAAUCUAGAAACAGCAUCUACCACAGUUACUUUAAUUAAAGGAGAUAUUACUGACUUUGACCAGAUUUCAUCGGCUGUUAAAGGCGUUGACGUAGUGAUUCAUACUGCUGCUCUUGUGGACAGUUUAAAUAUAUUUCCUUUAAAGAAACUAGAAGCUAUAAAUGUUGGAGGGACCGAGAAUGUUAUAAAUGCAUGUCUGGCCAUGAAUGUGCCUUAUUUAGUCUACACGAGUUCAAUAGCAGCAGUAGGACCAAAUAAAAAUUGUGAUCCAAUGCUGAGGGUCACAGAAGACACAGUCUACUCUGGUGAACUAUUACUUUUAUACGGAAAAACCAAGGCUCAAGCUGAAAAACUAACCCUGUUGGCUAACGGGAAGCAGACCAGAAAUGGAAAUAAAUUGACAACAUGUGUGAUUCGACCAAGUUCCAUCUAUGGUGAAAAGUCACCAACUACAUUGAACAAUUACAAAUCUGCCAGAUCAAAUUGUAAUCGCAUUAACAACUUUCAAUCUGAAAAUAUAGAACAAAGCUUCACAUACAUUGGUAACAUAGCUUGGAUGCACGUACUUGCAGCAUGGCAGAUGCAACUCCAACCAGACGUACUUGCUGGCCAAGCCUACUAUGCUUAUGAUGAAACUCCCUUCAAACAGUGGGCCCAAUUAAACCAUGCGUUGCUAACAGAAAUCGACCCUACUUUCAAAAUUGGAAAGUACAUCCCGUACUGGAAGAUGUGGCUAAUUAUUUUCUUUUACAGCUUAAUAAAAUUCAUUGUCAGUCCUUUUUGGAAUAUGAAGCCCUUCAUAACUUUCUCCGUAUUGAAAUUAAUCACCAUUUCAUACAGCUAUGAUACUGAUAAAGCCUUCAGACACUUUGGCUACAAACCCCUCUACACCUGGGAGGAGAGUAAGCAAAGAACAUGUAAAUGGUUAAAGCAGGAAACUCAAUGUCGAGAAAAAUUAAAACAAAAAUAGCAAUUUAUUGCUAAACUAGAUUCCCAGAGUUUUUCUAAAAGUAUAUAAAAGGGAUCUGUCAUCAGCACCUUCUCUAUCAACCUUUUUGCUUAGAAUCAUAGUUGUGGUUCACCAGAUUAGAAAGUUGCUUUUCUUUUGUUGAUCCGAGGCUACAUUCUUGAGUCAUGAUACUUUUUCUUAAUAUGCAAAUUAGGGUGUCAUUAUUGUUCUGGUUGCACCCAAGUUCCACUCAUUUCUGUGGCCAGCACCUCCCUCACUGCUUUGAUUGACAAAGCCAGGCAGUGGUAGAGCAGCCAGGGAAGGCCAACCACAGAAAGGAGUCAGGCUUGGGUGCAAAAAGAGCAAUGUCAAGGUCCUUGUUGCACCAAUGGCCUAAUUUGUAUAUUAAGAAAAAGUAUCACUCAGAAAUAGAUGUUUAUGAAAAACGUUUGAUAGCGAGCUCUCUGGUGACAGAUUCCCUUUAAUUGGUAUGAUGGUUUAGGAUUUGGUAUAUAGUUUUGAGGUAUGAGCACCAUGUAAUGCGUAAUUUCCCCUGAGUCCCAGUAGGUGGACACUUUGCCGUCUGCUUAUCAUUAAAGGGGUUGUCUCACUUCAGCAAGUGACAUUUAUCAUGUAGAGAAAGUUAAUACAAGGCACUUACUAAUGUACUGUGAUUGUCCAUAUUGCUUCCUUUGCUGACUGGAUUCAUUGUUCCAUCACAUUAUACACUGCUCAUACCCAGGGGUUACGACCACCCUGCAAUCCAUAGGAAAAAGCGCCGGACUAUGGGCACUCCCGUGGUCCCUGCCACCAAAGAAGCUGGCACCUUUUCCUAUAGGGUGCAAGCAUGGCCACCGCUUCUGGAUUGCAGGGUGGUUGUAACCUCUGGAAGAAUGCAGUGUAUAAUGCGAUAGAAAAAAGAAUCCAGCCAGCAAAGUGGACAAUAUGGACAAUCACAGUACAUUAGUAAGUGGCUUGUAUUAGCUUCCUCUACAUCAGAGAUUAGCAACCUUUCGCACUCCAGCUGCUGUGAAACUACAGUUCCCAGCAUACAAACUUGCAUGGUUCUUGUUACUCCCACAGAAGUGAAAGGAGGAUUCCCG